AUGCAACACAAUGGCCUGUACGGUCUGUACGGUCUGCACGGUCUGUACGGCCUGCACGGUCUGUACGGCCUGCACGGUCUGUACGACCUGCACGACCUGUACGGUCUGUACGGCCUUCACGACCUGUACGGCCUGCACGAUCUGUACGACCUUCACGACCUGUACGGUCUGUACGGCCUUCACGACCUGUACGGCCUGCACGAUCUGUACGGCCUGCACGGUCUGUACAGCCUGCACGGUCUGUACGACCUGUACGGUCUGUACGGCCUUCACGACCAGUAUGGCCUGCACGAUCUGUACGACCUUCACGACCUGUACGGUCUGUACGGCCUUCACGACCUGUACGGCCUGCACGAUCUGUACGACCUUCACGACCUGUACGGUCUUCACGACCUGUACGGCCUGCACGAUCUGUACGGCCUGCACGGUCUGUACAGCCUGCACGGUCUGUACGACCUGUACGGUCUGUACGGCCUUCACGACCAGUAUGGCCUGCACGAUCUGUACGGUCUGUACGGCCUGCACGGUCUGAACGGUUUGUACGGACUGCACGGUCUGUACGGCCUGCAUGGUCUGUACGGUCAGAACGGUUUGUACGGACUGCACGGUCUGUACGGCCUGCAUGGUCUGUACGGCCUGCAUGGUCUGUACGGUCUGUACGGCCUGCAUGGUCUGUACGGCCUGCACGGUCUGUACGGCCUGCAUGGUCUGUACGGCCUGCACGGUCUGUACGGUCUGCACGGUCUGUACGGACUGCAUGGUCUGUACGAUCUGCACGGUCUGUACGGCCUGCACGGUCUGUACGGCCUGCACGGUCUGUACGGUCUGUACGGCCUGCACGGUCUAUACGGACCGCACGGUCUGUACGGCCUGCAUGGUCUGUACGGCCUGCACGGUCUAUACGUACUGCAAGGUCUGUACGGCCUGCAUGGUCUGUACGGCCUGCACGGUCUGUACGGCCUGCACGGUCUGAACGGUCUGUACGGACUGCAUGGUCUGUACGGUCUGAACGGUCUGUACGGCCUGCAUGGUCUGUACGGCCUGCACGGUCUGUACGACCUGCAUGGUCUGUACGGCCUGCACGGUCUAUAUGGACUGCAUGGUCUGUACGGCCUGCAUGGUCUGUACGGCCUGCAUGGUCUGUACGGCCUGCACGGUCUAUACGGACUGCAUGGUCUGUACGGCCUGCAUGGUCUGUACGCCCUGCAUGGUCUGUACGGCCUGCAUGGUCUGUACGGACUGAAUGGUCUGUACGGUCUGAACGGUUUGUACGACCUACAUGGUCUGUACGGCCUGCAUGGUCUGUACGGCCUGCACGGUCUGUACGGCCUGCAUGGUCUGUACGGCCUGCACGGUCUAUAUGGACUGCAUGGUCUGUACGGCCUGCAUGGUCUGUACGGCCUGCAUGGUCUGUACGGCCUGCACGGUCUAUACGGACUGCAUGGUCUGUACGGCCUGCAUAGUCUGUACGGCCUGCAUGGUCUGUACGGCCUGCAUGGUCUGUACGGACUGCAUGGUCUGUACGGACUGCAUGGUCUGACCGGCCUGCAUGGUCUGUGCGGACUGCAUGGUCUAUACGGCCUGCAUGGUCUGUACGGCCUGCACGGUCUGUACGGCCUGCACGGUCUAUACGGACUGCAUGGUCUGUACGGCCUGCAUGGUCUGUACGGCCUGCAUGGUCUGCAUGGUCUGUACGGCCUGCAUGGUCUGUACGGCCUGCCUGGUCUGUACGGACUGCAUGGUCUGACCGGCCUGCAUGGUCUGUGCGGACUGCAUGGUCUGUACGGCCUGCACGGUCUAUACGGACUGCACGGUCUGUACGGACUGCACGGUCUGUACGGCCUACACGGCAUGUACGGCCUGUACGGCCUGCACGGUCUGUACGGCCUGCACGGUCUGUACGACCUGCAUGGUCUGUACGGCCUGCACGGUCUAUAUGGACUGCAUGGUCUGUACGGCCUGCAUGGUCUGUACGGCCUGCAUGGUCUGUACGGCCUGCACGGUCUAUACGGACUGCAUGGUCUGUACGGCCUGCAUGGUCUGUACGGCCUGCAUGGUCUGUACGGCCUGAAUGGUCUGUACGGUCUGAACGGUUUGUACGGCCUGCAUGGUCUGUACGGCCUGCAUGGUCUGUACGGCCUGCACGGUCUGUACGGCCUGCAUGGUCUGUACGGCCUGCACGGUCUAUAUGGACUGCAUGGUCUGUACGGCCUGCAUGGUCUGUACGGCCUGCACGGUCUAUACGGACUGCAUGGUCUGUACGGCCUGCAUGGUCUGUACGGCCUGCAUCGUCUGCAUGGUCUGUACGGCCUGCAUGGUCUGUACGGACUGCAUGGUCUGUACGGACUGCAUGGUCUGACCGGCCUGCAUGGUCUGUGCGGACUGCAUGGUCUAUACGGCCUGCAUGGUCUGUACGGCCUGCACGGUCUGUACGGCCUGCACGGUCUAUACGGACUGCAUGGUCUGUACGGCCUGCAUGGUCUGUACGGCCUGCAUGGUCUGCAUGGUCUGUACGGCCUGCAUGGUCUGUACGGCCUGCAUGGUCGGUACGGACUGCAUGGUCUGACCGGCCUGCAUGGUCUGUGCGGACUGCAUGGUCUGUACGGCCUGCACGGUCUAUACGGACUGCACGGUCUGUACGGACUGCACGGUCUGUACGGCCUACACGGCAUGUACGGCCUGUACGGCCUGCACGGUCUGUACGGCCUGCACGGUCUGUACGGCCUGCACAGUCUGCACGGCCUGUACGGUCUGUACGGCCUGCACGGGCUGUACGGCCUUCACGGUCUGUACGGCCUUCACGGUCUGCACGGUCUGUACGGCUUGCACAGCCUGCACGGUAUGUACGGCCUGCACGGCCUGCAAGGCUAUUCCCAUCUCCCGAAAUUUUCCUGUUCUCAUUUUCAAACAAUUUUGGAAUCAAAACACUCAGAUUUUCAUGCGUCUUCCUGA